AUGGCUUGCGGCUCAGCUUCCUCUGGUCUCGUCAACCGCAACGGCCCUGGCAGCGCCGCCACCUCCAUCAUCGACAGCAUCGUCAAGCCCGCCGAGGCCACGGGCGGCAAGACCAAAUGCAUUGAGUGCGACGGAUACGAGUGCUGCUGUAUCCCCAUCCCCUGCACCGUCAUGUAA